UAAACCAAUCACACUCACUUCCUUUCCACGCACACACACACACACACAGACAGACACACGCAGACUGAGACACUUUGGCAAACGGAGACUGGAUGUUCUGACAGCAGAGACACGGCAGCUCUAUUUUUUUUUAGUGAUCUGAAGUUUUUCCAUCUGUCAUCUGCAGAACUCAGAGCAGUAAACACACAAUGAAAUGUCAGCUGGUUUUGUCUGCCUGUUUGCUGGUGCUUUGGACACUGACAGCCUUUGUCACAUGUGAUGACGAAGAAAAGUUCAAAGUAGUAGAGAAAUCAGAUGGGAUUGAAGUGACUUGUCCAAACAAUGGCAAUCUCAUAAAGGACGAUAAAGACGUAAACAAGCUUGUGCGCUACGACGAUAUGGCCUCAGGAGAGUACAUAUGCAGCAAAGAUGACUCUCUGCAAGCAAAAAUCUUUGUGAAAAUGCGGACCUGUGACAACUGCAUAGAGCUCGACAUAGGUUCAGUAUUCGGCUUAGUAAUGGGAGAUGUGGUGGCUACGAUUGCGAUAGGAGUGGCUGUCUAUCUCAUCGCGGCUUAUGCUCAGACCGGACGUAUCCCCUCUAACAAGAGUAAAAGCUCUGAUAGACAACAUCUUGUUUCAAAUGACAUGACCAGCAGAGCCCCCGGUGACCAUUACGAGCGUCUGAGACACAAAGGUGGUCAGAAAGACACGUAUGAUGUAAUUAACCACAGACAAUAGAGGGGCAGCAGUGGCUCACCGCCUGGGACCAGCCACCCCCGCCCUCACCGGAAACAUAAUUCUGUUCUGUUCUGUUCCUGGGGUCAGCGUCAUGACAGAAUGCUUUUUGAUGUUUAGUUUGGUGACUUGCUUUGUAUCAUCCUGUUUUAACUUGUUUAUUUUCACUAUGCCUGUAACAUGCAGCUCUGAAUACACCACUUACACAAUGAGUGACUCGUUAACUUGUUGCUAUAUGCUGUAGUUCCAGAUCAGUCAUUAUUAUUAUUUUGGUAGCGUUUCCAUCAACCAAUGUUGUCUUUUCAUUGAUUAUCUCCAUUUUUCUCUUCAUAUUCUGGAAGUAGGAACUGGAAGUCGGGCUGCUACAACAGCCACCUGACAUAAUGGCUUAAAACUUAAGUGUUUACUUUGACAUGUAAAAUUGUCAUCACUGUGUUGCAAAAUUAAAAAUUGGAUUAAAAAUU